CAGAGCGGAGAGUGCCUUCAUACGCGCUGGCAGCCCGCACGUCGCGCUUACUUCGCAGCGGGAAGUGGAGAGAGAAGGAACCGGCGCUUCUUUUUCCUCCAUUUCUUUCCGUGCCGCAAUCGCUCUGAUUGGCCGUUGCUGUGGCAACCUGGGCUCGAUCGACCAAUCACAAGUUUCGGGCGAAGCGCUUAAAAGUCGCGCUCCUCUAUGGCUCCACAACUCAAUGCAGCCGUCAACCAGAAGCGGCAGUAAGCAAGUCGACAAGCUCCUGACACCGGCCGAGGACGUGUCCUGAUCGUGGUGGCAGUGAAGAUUUUCGCUCUCGUCGUCUUCCUUCUUCGAACACCAUGAUGGCAAUGCUUGGAACCGUGUGUCUUCUCGCCGUUGCGACCGCUGUCACCGGCGAGAAAACAAUCUUCAGAUGUCCUCCUGCGGAUCAGCUGUUGCCCUGCACCUGUAUUGACACUCUCCAUCCCGCUGAGGUGCGAUGCGAGGCUGUCGAUGGACUGGACGUUAUUCAGAAGUCGCUGUCGAAUAAGUGGUCCAUUCCCAUUCCACGGCUCAACCUCUCCAACUCCAACCUUCCAGCGCUCACCCCUGGAUCGUUCGUCAACAUCUCGGUGGAAAGGCUCAUCAUCAACGGCAGCAACUUGCGUUUCGUGUCUGACAAUGCGUUCGUCGGGGCGCUCAACCUCCAAUAUAUUGCACUCACGGACGACAAGCUUCACGAGGUACCCACUGAAGCCAUCAAGAAAGUGCCCCGUGUACGGACGCUCAGUCUGGCCGGGAACUUGCUGUCGAAGCUGGACAAGUCGUCUUUCGCCGGCCUUUCGAAUCUCAGGUUUAUCAUGUUGUCCGACAACCGCAUUGCCACUCUGGAACCCGGUGUGUUCAGCUCAAAGGUAAAGCACGUCACCAUAGCGAGGAAUAGGAUAUCGUCCUUCAACGGUUCCGUGCGCCACUUGACUUCGUUGGGAUGGCUGUAUGCUGGCGGGAACGAACUGCAAACCGUUGCCGGAGAACUCGACGGGCUCUUCAACAUGAAGACGCUCGACCUCAGUGCAAAUCAGCUGACGACUGUCGAGGGCGCAUUUAAGGACCUUCGCGCGCUACAGACGCUCAACCUUGCCUACAACUGGAUAGAGAAGAUCGACAACACGUUCUCGUCUCUGACUCACCUGCAAAUUGUAAAUCUGUCCAACAACCACAUCUCCGCCAUUCCUGAAAAGGUGUUCCGGAACCUGACCGAACUCAAGGCGCUGGACCUAUCCGGGAACUUCAUAUCGGAACUGGGCACCGGCCUCAACUACCUCAAGCGUCUGACGACGUUGAAUCUCUCCCGCAAUAGCUUAACCAGUGUCCGGCUGGAAGAGAUAAAAUGGUUGAAGGAUCUCGAAGAGUUGGACCUCUCGCGGAACCAGAUCGCCACCGUGGACGGCAUGUUCAGUCAUCACGUAUCAAAGAUUCACAAUCUCAGGUUGUCCGACAACCUGUUGAAGCACAUCCACAGCGGGAUCCAUUUUCUGCAUGACCUGUCGCAGCUGGACAUCAGCUACAACAACUUGGCUACCCUUGACAAGAGGGAUCUGAUAAAGAAUCGUCGGCUGCAGCACCUGGACAUGACCGGCAAUCCUUGGGAAUGUGACCACUCCCUGGUACGCGUCCUUCAGGAUUUGGACACGAGGAUGGUCCGCAUCCAGGGCCGGCCCAUGUGCUAUCCUCCCCCUGACAUCCAGUAAAGGACAACCACUACCUCCAGCAGUCCUCCUCCCCGCGUUCCUUCAAGAUAUCUGAGGUCCCGAAGAGGAUGUUUUCAAGAAUACUCUCUCCUCUGCUGAACGCCCUUCUUUGGAAGCAACCGUGUGCUAUCGUUCUGGCGCAGAGGGAUAUAUUUAGACUUUUCAAGGACUGUAUUCCCCAUCAUCUUGAUCUUUCCUUAUAGAUUGGCAGGCUCAACCAUGUGAUGUUCCUCCCUGCACUAGAUUUUAAAGGGUACGAUUGUUGAGAGAUUGUUUCAGAUGAUGUUCGAACAAAACGGUAUCCAUUUUCUGUAUAGGACGGAUAUGAAUACGCACCUAGUCUCUGUGAGAUGGAGCAGCAUUGUUACUUUUUUUUUCGUUUGUGUUCGUAUAGUGGUCCCACGAUGUGUGUAUAUAUGCGUAUUACAGGACAACAAUAAUGUGUCUUUCAAUUCUAAGCAAGUACAACGCCUUAGACACUUUUAUGUGAAGCCUAUAUAUAGAUACAUUACAUUGACAGAGCAACAUAAAUGUGGCUACCAAUACCCAUACAGGGUGUUUCGCGUCAGUUGAACGAAGCUUUUAAUACAGGAAUUUUAGAAAAUCAAGACACGGCGCAUAAUAUGCGAGGGUUAAAAGAACGGCGUUCAGUUGGUGGUCGUCGUGCGCAAGUCAUGUUUUUUUAAAAGCUUUUUAAAAGCAUUUUCCCAAAGCUUCGUCCAUCCUACCCUAGACAGCCUUAUAUCAAUUAUACUUACGAAACUUGGCAUUGUUUUUCUCAAUUUUUUUCACAAACAUUUCUAACUGCACAGCAAGUUCAACCUUUCUGCACUCUAAGGACAGAACUUCGUCCCAUAGUACACUUCAAGCCAGCCACCAUUCUGAAUGAUAGCGUUCUCUCUUCUUCUUGUUACAUGUCCUUAUUAACGUCCUCUCAUCUCAUUUUACUGACAAUAGAAAACAUACACUCUUUCGCGACAAUUUGCAUUUGUGUUAAUGGUCACAGAGAGACGUACGCAUUGGUUUGCCUUGAACGUGACAUGUGGUGAAGUUCUGUUUCCACAGUGUAAUGUAAUGUAAAUGAAGAGAUGCAACGAUUGUAAUAUUUCCAUCUAGAAAAUUAUGUCACUAAAAGUGUGAGACAAGAGUGGCAAAAAGAAGAAUACGGGUUCCUCUCCAAGCAAGUAAUUUUUAGUGCCAUGCAUUUUAUUUGUCGUUUCCUGACUCAUGUUUCCAUUUUUGUUUAUAACGGGGCACUUUUAACAAUACGCGUCACACAGUGCACAACAGGUCUCGGUUUGCUCCACAAGUCGAAGCACUGUUCUAGAGUAACGAAAGCUUUCUUCCUGUCGUUACGUAAAAAAUAAUAACACUAUAUUUUGCCCUCUGCUCAACACUUGAUAACAGAAUGACACGUUAGGAAAAUUUCGAGUGAAAGGGAGAGGUAGAAAAUAAAAGUUUUAGCUUUUAAUGCCAACAAAAUGGCCAAGUAAUGAAGCUGUAUAGCACCUAAAUAUUACAUCCGCAUUUAACUAAGCAUACACUCUGCACACACAUACAUUGCAUAAUACGAUAAAAUAACAUAAUAAACACAUAUUAAGGUGAGAAAACUGAUGUGUUCUAACUUCUUGGAAGAGUUCAAAUCGCGUCUCUAAUAAUGAGAUUUACGUUGAUAGCUUUCUGAAGUGAACUAUAAUACUUUCCACAGAUACACCUUAACGAUACACAAAACACGGACAUACUGCGAGGAAAAUUAGCAUUUUUUGAAGAGUGUUCAAGUACCUGUAGGUGUUAUUUAUUCGUGACGACAGAGUGUGGUACGCCUAUCGAUGCUUGUGUAAAAAUAAAAGUCCCGUCUGCAACGUGCGUUAGCGCGCUCCGUGUUCUUUGUUGUUGUGAGUAAUGUCAUUAGUGUUGCAUGUAAGACCUUCCUGCACAUAUGCAUUAGAAAGUUUAGUCGUGUGUAGAAGCGAGUGUUAUUUAUCGUGCGACUUUGAAUGUUACGUUGAGUUGUACAGAUGACAGGAUAUACUAUAUAUAUAUAGAUACAUGUUUUAAUUCCUCUCAAAGCUUGGGAUCGAGUAUGAAGAUGCCCGCGGUGAUUUAAAAGCUCCAGUCGUUGACGGAGAAAUAAAGAAUGUUUUUUCUUAUCAUAA